AUGAAAGAACAAAACAAAUCACCUCGAUACCGCCGCAUCGGAGCCGGUGCCUGCGGGACAGUCUGGGCGCCCUCAGAGCGAGGCCCAGCAUACAAACGAGAAGAUGGCGGACUUGCUCGAUCCCUCAGAAACGACUACGAGAAGCAUCAGAGAAUGCUUCACAGCCUAAAUAACCUACCACGCUCUGGAAUACAGCCCCGUAUUUACGUUCCUCGGUGCUAUACCUUCAUUCAACCUACAGAUGAAAGCUGGUGGGCAGAACAUCUCUCCCGCUUUCCUGAGGGCUACUCACCCUGCAAUGUCAUCCACUCGCAGCGCGUCGCUCCCUUUCCCAAGGCAACGAGAGAGCGCCUUGUUGCCGAAUACUGUCCCUCUGAUCUCGAAGCUGAGAUUCUGGCCAGCGAGAUGAACGAGGAUUGUCUGGUUCGGCCGUACCUCGGUCGAAGACGGACACAGGUGAAUCAGUCCGCGCGCGUCUCAAGGUUCAAGGCCUUUUCGCUCCGAAACUAUCCGCUACAUGUAGACCAAAUGGAGGAACUCGGGAUCCCGGCCAAGGAUAUGCGGGAAUACGCCGAAGUCAUGGCGGAGACACUGGCGAUCAUGCACUGGGUCGUGCAGGUCAAUGCGAACGAUGUAGAGUUUGUCCUUGCUCCUCCUGACGGGGAGAAAGGCAAAUGGGACAAUGUUCUCGGCGAGCAUGCGAUGUGGAUGCUUGAUUUUGACCUGUGUAGGGAUAUGUCUAUAGAUAAGGCGGGGGUAGAGCAAGCUGUUGAUGCGUUCUGGAAGAAUGAUCCGUUCUAUCCCCGGCCAGACGAGGAAUCGUUUCUUUGGCAGGCGUUCCGAGAGGAGUACUUGAGCACGAGCCAGCGGAUUGUGGGGGAUGAGCCGGGUGAUCGACGGCUUGAGCUGGCGAAGCUUUUUGUUGACUGGGUUGAGGAGGGACCGCAGUAA